CUGCGCAUUGUCAGUGGUCCCGGAAGUACAUCCUUGCACGUGUAGCGUUUGACAACCUUGAACAGACUACAAAACAACUAGCCCAUAGCUUAUGUGACUUCUCAUAACAAACCCUUUGAGUGAUGCCAGUGACAAGAUUACUAUACCCUCUCUACCAGCUGGGUAACCCACAGCUGAGGAUCUUCAGACCCAGCUGGUUCCUGACUCUGGUGAGGCCUGGGAAAGAGCAGCCUCCUGACACUGUACAGUUUCGCAUCCCUAUGGAAAUGACCAAAUGUGAUGUAAAGAACUAUCUGGAGAAGAUCUAUAAUAUCCCUGUAGGAGCAGUCCGCACCAGGAUACAGUUUGGCUCCAAUAAGAAGAAGAAUCACCUAAACCAGAGGGUUAAGAUGCCUGACUAUAAAGUAGCCUACGUUCAGCUGGCACAGGGCCAGACAUUCACCUUCCCUGACAUCUUCCCAGAAAAAGACCAGACGGUGGCAGAGGGCUCCACGGAGGAGAUGCAGGAGAAGUUCAUAGAGAACGAGAGGCAGAGGCAGAAACUUGACCCCAGGAGAGGAGGGGUCACUGAGUGGUUCGGACUCUGAGACAGCCCACUGACCGUGAACUCUGUGCUUGUAUGGGUGCGUGGGUGUUUCAUUGGGAGCAACAUGUAUUGAUGUACAACACGACUGUUGUGAUGUCACUUCUAUUUCUGUAAGAAAGCACUCAUAAGUGUCUAUUAAAGAAGAAUAAGUGUGUGUGUGUGUGUGAGAGAGAGAGAGUGUGUGUGUGUGUGAGUGAGACUGGAGACAUGUGUUUAGUGUGUGUAUAUGUGAGUGUGUGAGUGAGUUUGCAAGGCUUCAGUCCAGUAACCCGAGCCAGAACAGAAUCACAAGAGGAGGAGAGUGGCUCGGCUCCAUCUUUCAUGAAACCAGCCCACCAUACAGAAUCUCCAUCACCUCAGAUGACCUCCUCUCCAUCCUCCUCCCACUCAUCCCGAUCCACCUCCCGUUUUUACUCCUCCUCCUUGGCACCUCUACCUCUGCACCUCCUCUUUAGUUGUCUCUCCUCUUUCCUCAGGAGUUUCCUUGUUCCUUGUCCUGUCUCCUUUGCUGUCCCUCUUUCUCCUUGUCCCUUUCCCACACUCCUCUUUCCCUGCUACGCUGGGGAGUGGUAUAUUAUGGUAUCCCUCGUAGCCCUGACUCUCGGCCAGCUGGAUCCAACUACCUGGACAACCCGCAUCCUUUCCUCUUUUAUGAGUUUGCCUUGGAUUAAUUGACCACUUUAGGUAAACAACAAUUGAGAUGUUGUUUCAGCAAAGCAAAGAUGUGGAAUUUGCUGGAGUGUUUUAUUAUUUUGUGGUAGCACCUCUUGCCAUAACUCAGAGAGAGGAUUGUACCCAGUGUUUUUGUGUGUGUGUUUGCCUAGCACAUGGACUUGCCAGUGAAUCUAAUUGUAAGUGCUGUUGGAAUAAGAACUAAUAAACGGUCACUUGUCCAAAAGUGCUCUGUUUACUU